AACGCCUGUCUCACCGAUGAACCAGAAUCCAGCAGACGUUAUAUACGUUACGCCUCACUUCCCUAAGGGGGUUCAGCACAUCAUCACUACUGGUAGUUGUCACUACAUCGGCUUCAUCAACGAAUCGACCGUCUUAAAGUACCCACAUGAUGAGGGCUUUUCGGACGCUUUGAAAGUUGAGUGUGCAAUACUCGAGCAGCUUGGUAAACACCCUCGUAUUAUUGAAUUCAAGGGCAAGCACGAAGCGGGACUGCUUCUGGAGUUCGCCCCCAACGGAUCGUUAGAAAGUCACAUGAACAAGGCAGCCCUCACAAAGGAAGAUAAGCUUCGUUUUGCUAGAGAGACUGCAGAAGCGGUCGCCCAUGCUCAUCGCAAGAAUGUGAUUAUAUGCGACAUCAACGUCCGAAACAUUCUUCUUGAUGCUGAGCUACACGUCAAGCUCUGCGACUUUCAGGGCCGACUGUUAGGGCCUGAAGGCGAGACUCUUUGCGAUGGAGGAGCUUCUGAAAACGCAGAGUCAUCUAUGCCGCGACACAACCAGGAGUUCGCAGAUGCGAGGACGGACAUAUUCGCUCUAGGAUCCACGAUAUACCACAUCAUCGAAGGCCACCGUCCUUUUCCGGAACUCCACACUAUCGACGACGAGGCUGAGUUCGUGCGCCGUUACCAAGAGGGCCUGUUCCCUCCAAUGGCGGCAGAAUUGGGCGGCACCAUUGUGUGGAAGUGCUGGGAAGGACGAUACGGUUCUGCAGACGAAGUACUUGAUGAUCUUGUUUCUUUAGAAAGUCAUCUCUACCGGUAAAUGGUAUGAUCUAAAUGUAGCGCAGCCCUACUUCUUCCUCAACUAGCCAGCAAGCC